GGGGUCCUGGCCGCCUCAGCUUGGCAGGAGGAAGGAUCAUUGCCGGGAGCAACCUGUGGCCACGGGGACCAGCGAGUAGAGGAGAGCGGAGUCAGGGAGACCAGGGAGGGCGGAGGCUACACCUGCAGCGAGGGAUGCUUUGGAAAAGCUGCUGACAUCUAGAAAGUAUAACCUGAAGGGUGAUUUCACUGUGGUUCUCCAGACUUCUAUCCAAGAACUAAAUAUGCCUCCUUCAACAGGCAGGCAUGCUAAUGCCAACUCUACAAAAGGGACACCAAUGGAAAUACCAGGGAAGGAAUAUGCUGCUCUAGGAGUAGGACUCUGGAACAACAUGAUGGAACCAGCUGGGCAGAAGCAGCUGUAUCAUUUUGCAGAGAUGCCCAAUGCACGGUGUCCUUCUCAGGAGCAUCCGUACUUCUUCACAUACAGAAAUAGUAACUCCUCAUCUCUCCCUCCAGAGUCUCGGGCUGAAGCAAUAUCUCAGCAAAGAAGCUUUGGAACUAGCAUUCCAUGUUCUAGCCGCAUCCCUUCAAACACAGUUCCAGCCUCAGUUCAUAACUUGAGACCAGCAGAUAUUAAAGUUAUAGGUGCCCUGGGGGACUCAAUAACGGCUGGAAAUGGUGCAGGAUCAUCACCACGCGAUGUUUUAGAUGUUCUGACACAGUACCGAGGCCUUUCUUGGAGUGUUGGUGGAAAUGAAAACAUAAGCACAGUCACAACACUAGCAAAUAUUCUUCGUGAGUUCAAUCCUUCUCUCUUAGGUUUCUCCACUGGCAAAGGGGGUGAAAGCAAGCCUGAGGCCUAUCUGAACCAGGCUGUGGCAGGAGCACGUUCUGAGCAUGUCCCAGCUCAGGUUAGAAAACUAAUAGAGCUGAUGAAGACAGAUCCUAAAAUAAAUCUCCAGGAAGACUGGAAGAUCAUAACACUUUUCAUAGGAGGAAAUGACUUGUGCAGAUGUUGUGACGAUCCUGUACAUUAUUCCCCUGAAAAUUUCACAAACAAUAUACAGACAGCUUUGGACAUACUCCAUAAAGAGGUCCCUCGAACCUUUGUGAACCUGGUGACAAUCCUUCACAUAACAACUCUGAGGAAAUUAUACCUGGAGAAAAGCGUUUACUGCCCGAGACUGAUCAUGAGGAAUUUGUGCCCUUGUGUCUUGAUCCCUGAAGAUAACUCCACGGAAAUUGAGUUGCUGGACUCCUUUAACAGAAGGUAUCAGGAGGGAACUCAUCGCUUAGUUGAGAGUGGAAGGUAUGACACAAAGGAAGAUUUCACAGUGGUUGUGCAGCCAUUUUUGGAAGACACAAGUAUGCCACUGACUCCGGAAGGGUUGCCUGAUUCUUCAUAUUUUGCCCCAGACUGCUUCCACUUUCAGCAGAAGGCUCACUCACAAGCGGCUCGGGCUCUGUGGAAUAACAUGCUGGAACCCUUUGGGGGGAAAACAAAUGCACAGGAACUUGAAGCUGUGAUAACCCUCAAAUGCCCAAGUCAGGCACAGCCAUAUUUAAUGACAAAGAGAAACAGCAACUACACCUACCCCAGCGAGGCCACCCCAGAGUACGGAAGCCAGAUGCUGUGUGAGGAUAGAGUUCCAUCGAUCAACUACCCUACUUCAGUGCAUAGCCUGAAACCAGCUGAUGUGCAAGUAAUAGCUGCCUUGGGGGAUUCCUUGACUGCUGGUAGUGGCAUUGGAUCAAAGCCAAAUGACAUAUUGGAUAUAAAUACUCAGUACCGGGGACUGGCUUGGAGCAUUGGAGGAGAUGCUUCAUUAACGAAUGUAACAACUUUGUCUAAUAUCCUCCGUGAGUUCAAUACUAAUCUCAAAGGUUAUUCAACCGGCACAGGUGGCCAAAAUGAACCAAAUGCCUUCCUCAAUCAGGCAGUUCCAGGCGCACAGGCUGGGGACUUACCAGACCAAGUAAAGCAGCUUGUGAAAUUAAUGAAAAAUGACUCAAGAAUCAGAUUUGACUCUGACUGGAAGAUCAUAACUGUAUUCAUUGGAAUUCCAGAUCUGUGCAACUACUGCAGAGAUGUUAAUUACUACUCAGCUAUGAACUUUUCAAGCCGUGUUCAAGAAGCACUGGAUAUACUCCACACAGAGGUGCCUAAAGCUCUGGUUAACCUGGUUGAGGUAAUGGACUUUCUUCCCUUGAGGCAGCUGUUUCUGGAUAGCAGAUUACCAUGCUCUACACAUCUAGCACAAAAUCAAUGCAGCUGUGUUCUCCCCAUUCAAGAAGGCUCAUCUGACCUAGUGAUGAUGCAGAAAGCUGUCAAAGACUAUCAGAGCAACGUAAGAAAAAUAGUGGAGACUGGCAGGUAUGAUACCCGUGAAGAUUUUACAGUAGUACUCCAACCUUUCCUCCGAACGAUCACCUUACCUCUUCUACAGGAUGGGCAUCCAGAUAUCUCCUUCUUUGCACCUGAUUGUUUUCAUUUGAACCAAAAAUCACAUUCUCAGCUCUCUAGGGCCCUCUGGAACAGUAUGCUUCAGCCUCUUGGGAAGAAAGCAGUUUCCUUUGAUUUUAUGGCUAAUAUUACCCUGAGCUGCCCAACUCUGCACCAACCCUUCCUGGGAACGUAUAAGAACAGCAAUGACACACAUUCAUCUCUGAAUCCCACCAAGAAUCCAAGCCAGAACUGGGGUAGUGAUCUGUCAUGUCCAGGACAGACUGCAUCCAGGGAAGUCCCAACAUCAGUACAUAAACUUCGGCCAGCUGACAUCCAAGUAGUAGCAGCCCUGGGCGAUUCUUUGACGACUGGUGUAGGAGCCCAAGCAACUGGUUUGGAUGAUAUACAUAUAAACUGGAGAGGACUUUCCUGGAGUGCUGGAAGUGAAGGAAGUUUGGAGACCCACACAACUUUACCGAACAUUUUGAAAAAGUUUAAUUCGAAACUCUUUGGCUUCUCCACUGGCACCCAGAAGGAAACCGCUGGAUUCAACAGAGCAGUGGGAGGAGCCACAGCACAGAAUCUCUCAGCCCAAGCCCGUGAAUUGGUAGACCUGAUGAAAAGCAGUUCGGACAUCAACUAUGAGGAGGAUUGGAAGUUAGUCACCAUUCUGAUUGGAGGCAAUGACCUGUGCCAAUAUUGCUUAGACAAGGAGACCUACUCAGUGGAAAAAUAUAUAAAACACAUCCAGGACACGCUUGAUAUCCUUUACAAGGAGCUCCCUCGGGCCUUUGUCAACAUGGUGGAGAUAAUGGAGCUCACUGGACUGCGUCAGAUGGAAAGGGAAGCAUCCGGAUGUGUUAUUCCAGGGGCGAGCCUUUGCCCAUGCAUUUUGAACCCUCCGGGAAACUCACCUGAACUUCAAGAAAUGGAAAGGAUUAACAGAGAGUUUCAGGAUAGAACCAGAGUGCUGAUCAACAGCAGCCACUAUGCCCAGCGGGAGGAUUUUGUCAUUGUUGUGCAGCCGUUUUUCCGAAAUACCAUCAUGCCACUAGACAGCGAUGGGAAACCAGAUCUGAGUUUCUUUGCUGUGGAUUGCUUUCAUUUCUCUGAGCGAGGCUAUGCUGAGAUGGCCAUGGCACUCUGGAAUAAUAUGCUGGAACCAGUUGGACACAAGCAGACGUACAAUAACUUCACAUAUGACAGAUUGAAGCUCAAGUGCCCAGAAUAUCCAUAUCUUUACACAUCACAAAACAAUGAAGGACAGAGUUCAAAGAGCAAUGGAAAGCUGGUGCCUUUCUGGGCUGUGAUUGUGGCAGCAACAGCUGGAGUUUUGGCAGGAUCCCUGAUUGUUUGGAUUUGGAUGACUCAGAGAAUCAGCAAACGCUCACAGGCAGGAGAUGCAAGGAUCGAAAAUAAAACAGCAGUAUUUUAAAUCUGUACCUGCACCAAGGAGACCCAACAUAACAUCUGCCUCCGGUGACAUGUGAAGAGCAGAAAAGCUGAUAGCUUUUCACAGGCUAUUUUUAACCCAUUUUUCCCAUCUGAAAUUGGAAGAAGAGACAUCAGUCUAUGCUUAACAUCCCACACAUCUUGGUAACUUAUAAAAGGCCAGAGUUUAAAAAUAUGUUAUAUAAGGCCAUCCUGUGCAGUAAAUUAAAGCAAGAACAUUCCAAAUG